AUGGCUUCUUCGCCGCUUGUCAAUGCGACUAUUCAAGCCUGCAUCUUAGGAGCUAUUAGCAACCUCACUGCACAGCUCAUUGCCGCGUACAAGGCAGAUGCACCAUACACAAUCGAUUUCAGCCCGAUUAUCCAAUUCGUAAUCUUUAGCGCCCUUAAUACCCCGCCCAACUUUAUCUGGCAAUCCUUCCUCGAAUCCUCUUUCCCGUCCCAUUACCUGGUCCCCUCCACCGCCGCCAUCUCCGCCGCCUCCACCAACAACGAGAAAGAGCUCGACCGCGAAGAGAAGACCGACUCGCUCCUCGAACCGAAACUCUCCCUCCCAAACACUGCCAUAAAGUUCACUCUCGACCAAACAAUUGGCGCUACCAUCAACACCCUAAUAUUCUCGCUCUUCGUAGCAGCCUUCAAGGGUGCGACGGUUGAACAAGCUGUGAAUGCCGCAAAGGAGGAAUUCUGGCCAAUCAUGAGUGCUGGUUGGAAAUUGUGGCCUUUGGUUAGUGCGGUAAAUUAUACAUUGGUUAAGAGCGUGGAGGGAAGAAGUCUGCUAGGAAGUGUGGCGGAUUCUCAUCCAGCCACAAAAGUGCCCCACCCCAAAAACGUCGGCUCAAUUUUCGGCCGCUGGACAUCAGGACGCAAAGGCACUCGCGGCUGCAAGGCCAGCGCCCUCAUAGCCUACACGGACGACCUUGACGCCCUCGACAUUGACUUCCCGGCCCUAGCCCCCACUUCCACUUCCACACCCCUCCUGCCCCUCCAAACCCUUCCUUGCCGCCUCUGCGGCUACGACUGGCUAGGCUGCUGCGACGGCGCGGACGGGGAGCUAGCUACAUGCCCGUGCUCCACGCCUAGGAAGCAGGUCAAGUGCCUCCCAUGUGCCGAGUGCGGCCAUGAUUGGUUUGACUGUUGCGCGGGGCGCAUUGCUGGGGAGGGGGAGUGCAUUUGCUCUGUUCCACAGGGCUCUGAACUUUAUCAUGUUUUAAAGCAUGCUGCGAGGGAGAAGAAGGAUGCUGUGGGAGAGGAGAGAAAGGAGGCUUUGCGGGCAUUCAGCCAUGCUGCGAGGGAGGAGAGGGCUGCUGUGAGGAAGGAGAGAAAGGAGGCUCUGCAGGUGUUUAUAGAUGCCGAGAAAAAGGAGAGAGAGCGGCAGAGAAAGAAGGAAGCUGAAGCUUCGCUUGUACUCUGGGAAUUGCUGUGCGAGGCUAGAUGCAAUCUGCCUGCCUAG